AUCUGUGUCACUGUAAUUGCUGUGUGUACGGCGAAUCAAGUUGGUCAUCCCGUCAUCGGCGGUAUCGGCGUCGCAUUCAUUUACGUUUUCCUCGCCGUAUUUGCAUUUGCCUGGACACCGUGCCAACAUCUGUACCCCGUGGAAGUGCUAAGUUUCGAGAACCGGGGUAAGGGGUUGGCAACUCUGAAUCUAAUGAACAAUCUCGUGAAGAUCAUCAACACGUAUGUUCCACCUGUCGCCAUCAAUAACAUUGGUUGGAGGUUCCACAUCUUCUACGCCGUUUUCGAUGCUGCGGGCAUCGCAUUCAUACACAAAUUCUUCGUCGAAACAAAGGGUCGAAGCCUGGAAGAAAUGGACGACAUAUUUGCCGCUUCCAACCCCGUUCAUGCAUCCUUGCAGGAAGCGCCGAAAGUAAAAUUCACAACGCAAGCGGAUAGAGAGGCGAUACCCCUGUAA